CUCCGCCCCGCCGCCGGCCUCCGUCGGCGCGAUGGGGCCGCGCUGGCUGCUGCUCGCCGCCCUCCUGCGAGCCGCGGGCGGCCGGGAUUAUUCAUUGCCUUAUACGCCACAGUUUGCACAAUGCAGAGACCCCAGCACUGAAUUCUAUGAAGAAAGUCUUAACAAGUGUUGCAGCCAGUGCCCUCCAGGUCAGUAUAAGACAGAGAGCUGCAGUCACAGUGUGGACACAAAGUGCAGUCCUUGUAGACCUAACACAUAUACAGCCAUCUGGAAUCGGUCUCCUCAGUGCUUUGCUUGCUCACCACCCUGCAGGAAAGGAUUUGUACAGAAUCAAACGUGCACUAAUUCACAGGACAGAAUCUGUAUUUGCCCACGCAAUGAGUACUGUAUUUCAAAAAUAUACCAGAACUGCCAGAUAUGUAGAGUGCAUAAAAAAUGUGGAAAAGGUUACCGAGUUUUCAAAAGAGGAACAGAUAGCACAGAUACAGAAUGUAAACCUUGUCCUCCUGGCACUUUUUCAGAUGAGGAAUCUUAUGAUACCAACUGUAUACCACACACAGUUUGUAAAUCAGUGGCUGUUCCAGGAAACAGCAUGAAUGACACUGUUUGCCAUGACUCAGGAAGAGCAGCUGCCACAGUUCUACCUCACACUGUUGUAAACGUGCUCCCAGUCCGAAGUUCAACUUCCAACAAACCUGACGUAGUAACUCGGCCUGUCAUACUAAACUCUGUACCCGACAUGUCUCACAUCAUCGGAUCAGUAACAGGGCCGUUGUUAUUGGUCCUGUUAAUCACUAUUUUGGGAUAUUGCUUAAUCUCAAAAAAAAAAGCCCUUGCAUACUUGCCACCAACUAGAGAAGCAGAUGCGCCUUUUUCCCCUUCAGAGAAGCAGUGUGACAAAAAGAUAAGAAAUACGGGAUCGCAAAACUCCAGCAGCUGUCAACAGGAGGAGCAGCAUCUCUUGGAAACUCCUGGGUCAAGUAGUAGCUCCCUGAAUAAUCCAACUGGGUCUGCAAGAGUCUGUGUAAUAAAUAACAAGAACAAUGAAAAGAAAGAAACAGAAAGAUUUCCACAGCAAUAUUCAGCUGCAGAAGGUUGUAAGCUUCACAGUGGAGACAGACACAACUCUGCAAGUUCGGAACACUCUGGUAAUGGAGGAACACAGGUGAAUGUGACUUGUAUUGUUAAAGUAUGUAAUCCAGAUUGUGGUUCCCAGUUCCCAGAACAGACUAGUUCAACUAGCAUGGAUUAUGGAAAUGUUCGUUAUUAUUCUCCAACAGGGGAAGAAAUUCCCCUUUCAAAAGAAGAAAACUCCUUGAAAAAAGAAACAGAAAUUCACAUCUCAGUGGAAGCCAAGGACAAUUUACUUCAGGACUUACUUCCCGAAGAAAAGAAGUUUCCUCUGGGUGUUCAAGAUGUGGGGAUGAAAACUGUUUAAAGGAGAUAACAGAUCAUACACUGAUUGACUGAUAAAUUCAUCAGAUAACCCCUUAUCUUCUAAAAUAAACAUGUUAAAUGUAGCAUUCCUACAGAGUCCUGAAAUUUCAUCUGAGUAUAGACAUUUAUUUUUUGAAGUUUUUAAUCUCUUCUUUGGCAGCUUUAAGAGUUGAAGGAUCACCAUUGCAGCUUUGAAAAAGUUACGAUUUUUAAUGCUUUUUCUUUUAAACUGAAUGGCCAACUCCUUCCUUUCUUCUGUGAUACUCUGAAGAAACCUUUGCUAGCUUUGAAAAGAAAUGUUUUUCUAACUUGAUGCCAUUUACUUUUCUCCUGAAACUUCUUGUGAUGAUAAUUUGGGAUCAGGUGUGCCAUAUGUCAAGAACAUGACUGUGAACGCCACUUCUGAGUGACUGGAUUAAAAUUAUCAGUCAUACAAUGCUAAUGAAUUAUCCAUUUAACUUUAGUUUUAAAACUAUUGUGUUCAAUUUCUCAUCCCAUAUUUUCAAGGAUUUGCUUUUCUCCAGCCUCCUGGAUAUUUAUUAUUACAGUUUGCUUUCUCUCCUUAUUGGACCAAACUUUUCCAAUCAACCUUACAUAUAUCAAGGAGUAGAAUCUUUUACAGGACCUUUUUUUUUUUUUUUUGCUAGAUUAUUAUGUCUAAACGAUAGCAUUAUUUCAUUAGCUGUACAUAGUUCAUUUUAUUUUAGAAAGGAAAAUCUAGAUUAAAUAGUUAUUUUCUUCAAGUAGAAAACAAUUUCCUGUUAUUGACAGCUCUAAAAUUUGUCAUCUUUGUGCUCUGGCUGAUUUAAUAUGGUUCCCUGAUUUGAUUCUGACCUUGUUUUUGAGGUUUUUGAGGCUAACCAUGAACCCAAAAUAUUCUUCUCUACAUUCCAGUGGAUAUUAGAGAAGAUCCAGAUGAAUAUGUGGGCCAGGCAGCUCACCCCCACUGAUCUCAGGAAAAGGACACUCUCUUGACGAUUGCAUAACUUAAUCUGUAAAAAGUGGAAUUGACUCAGACCUCAGAACCAGAAAAUCCUGUUGUCUUCCACAUGUUGUUCAAUGCUGAAGAUCCAUCCACGUCUUACAGAAAAUUAGUAGAAGCAUAGCAUUUAUUCUACAGCUACAGAAAAAAGACUUUAAAAUACAUAUUUUAAACUACAAAAAAAUGAGAUUUAUUAAUAUUAUUUCUAGAAGUGGAAACUGACAAAAAGGUCUUUAAUUCUACUAUGAUUCUAUGAAGAAACUUUUUACAACUGUAUAUUAAACUUUUACUUGAGGGUCAUUUUCAGAAAUGACUGUGAAACUGGAAACACUGAAACUAGUGCAAAAUUGAAGGAUGUAGGAAAAAAAAGUUUUAUAUAGUACUUUGAACCUCUUCUGUUGUACUGAGUAUUUUAAUAUCUUGCUCAUCAGCUCCCAGUAUUGGGACCACAUGGGAGAAGCAGCAGCAGCUUUUUGAAGAAGUUUUAAAAAUGUUUAAAAAGGAGGAUCCAGUUAUGGUAGUUAAUUUACUGUGUUUUCAAAUUAUGGAGGAGUGUGACAGAAGGGAAGUCCAAGUUUUACGGGGAAGUAUGAAAUGUACUUGUAUUUGUUAAUUAAAAAAAGACUAUUUUUAUACUUGUAUCUUCAUGGUUCCUACCUCUCUCCUAAACAGAAUUAUAAUUUUUCAAUGGCAUUCAAAACAAUUUUAUUUCUUACUGUUACUGCCUAAUUAAAACAGGAUUGAUA